UUCGCGUGCCUUUCUUUCUUCCUCCUUCCUCCUUUCUUCUUCCAUGAAGCCUGUGGCUGAAACAGAGCACCUCGAUUCCUUCUCCAUCGCCAUCUCAAAGAAGGGCCAUCUCAUGGCGUCGAAUCCUCCGUUUUCCACCUCCUCCUCCUCCUCCUCCAGUUCCCGGUCAAGUAUAGCCCAGUUGAGCAACGAUCACAUCAUCUCCGUACUCCUCCUCCUCCCCAUCGAAUCCGUGCUCUCCUUCUCGAUGGCCUGCAGAAGGUUCAGAUCCCUCGCCUCCUCGGACGCCCUGUGGGAACCCAUAUGCCGGCGGGACUGGGGCGGCGGCGGCGCCGUCGACGCGCUCGUCGCUUCCUUCUCCCCGCAAGAAAGGCUGCGGAUUUCCUGGAGACGGCUUUAUGCUCAAGUUUCCCAUCUCAGUUCCCUUUCUUGCCGCCGAUUGUCUUGCAAAAGUGGCGCCUUUCCCUCUCCCAGGGCUUCUCACUCCCUGGCCUUCGUCUCCGAUUGGCUCGUGCUCUUUGGCGGUGGAUCUGAAGGAGGGCGCCAUCUCGAUGAUACAUGGAUAGCAUACGUUGGAAAUGGAUGCAACAGGGCACUAAAUUGGCAACACAUUAAUUCAGGCAUCCCGAGUGGACGAUUUGGACAGACAUGCACUGUCCUCGGCAACUAUCUAGUUCUUUUUGGUGGCAUCAGUGAUAAUGGAGACCGUUUGAAUGAUACAUGGAUCGGAGAGACCUUUUAUGAGGGACAAGAUAUGAGAAUUGCAUGGAGGCUGCUGGAUGUGAAUUCUGUAGUUCCAUCUCCUCGUGGAGCUCAUGCUGCAUGUUGUGUUGCAGAUUGUAGGAUGGUGGUGCAUGGAGGAAUUGGGUUGCACGGCCUCAGACUUAAUGAUACGUGGAUUCUGAAUUUGUCAGACGACUUCAGAUCUGGCAGAUGGCAUCAGAUAAAUAAUGUUCAGUCGCUACCUCCGCCACGCUCAGGUCACACAUUAACUUGGAUUGGUGGAACAUAUAUGGUUCUGUUUGGUGGGAGGGGAUCAGGAUAUGAAGUUCUUAAUGAUGUUUGGCUCUUGGACAUCGGUAUCGCUAAUUCCGAAUGGAAGGAACUCAAGUACGAGCUAUAUGGUUUACCAAGUGAAAUGCCCCUUCCACGAGUUGGACAUUCAGCAACACUUGUAUUAGGGAGAAAGAUUCUCGUAUAUGGUGGUGAAGAUUCACAGAGGCAUAGGAAGGACGACUUUUGGGUGUUAGAUGUAGGUGCUCUUCCGAGGUUCCAAACAGUAGGAUUAAAGAAAUCGCCAAGAAACUUUUGGAAAAAGCUGCAAGUUGAAGGUCACCACCCGUUGUACAGGUCUUUCCAUGGCGCCUGCACUGACAAGUCUGGACGCUAUGUCUAUAUCUUUGGAGGUAUGGUCGAUAGCAUCAUUCAACCUGCUGAGCCCUCUGGAUUGACUUUUAACGCGGAAUUGCAUCAGAUAGAGCUUCUUCUCCAGUUAUAGCCAUGUGAAGCUUUAGACACUAUAUGGAGCACACGUACAAGUAAUAUGAUACAAAAUCAGGUGCACCUUGUAAAAACCUGUCUGAUGAUUAAUCUUCACACAUGGACCUGCUUGUAAGAAUAAUGCUCCUUGAAAGUAAGAGUCCAUAGUAAUAUUGGUUUGUCGACCACAUGUUUGUACAGAGUUCAGGACUUUCUGAUAUUUGUUAAGGAUCUAGUCUCGAAAUGAAGGCUACCAGGAGGUUCCGGUAAGUUACGUAAGGAACUUUGAACACCGAUGCAUUUUUUCCGAAUUUUCCACGGGCUAGGGUUUGUGCUGGAAGGCUCAAUUUAGCAAUUAAUACUGCAGUGCUUCAUAUUGGAUUUCCAGAAGAUAUUUUUGUCUCCAAAGAGUGUUUGUGGAAGAACACAUUCUCCAUACUCGCAACUCUGACAGUGUAGCAUGACCAGGUUCUUCUGUCUCGAAGAGGCGAUUUUCAUGGUCCCAACUUUCAAUUUUGAAACCGAGAUUGACCUUAAUCCAUGUCCUUGACAGAAUAGCUGGUACCAUUCACCCAGGUCUAUUGUUCUCCAGCCGCGGGCCACUUUUAAGUGACAGGGUUAUCGAUAAAGAUCUGGAAGUAGUUGUUUGUAACCAGUGAGGAUGCUGUAGAUUCUAUUCUUUUGCGAUAGAUGAUGGAUAGAUCUGGAAGUAGUUGUGACGUUGCCAAGCCACAAAACAUGGAUCUUGCAGACAAUAAUAGAGCAUGGAGCUUCACCAGUCGGCUUGUCUUUAUGUCUGGACUCUCAUAUGUUGUGGUCACUGGUUAAGCAAGAAGAGGGGACCGACAAUUUGCCAAGACAAUCUGGUCCUGCAGCUGAUUAUAUUGCAUCUGGAGGGUUGCAAUCUCAAUCCACUGAGCACCUUGUGAUGUAGGGGACAUGGCUCAUGGGCGCGUGCCAACUCUAGGAAGUAAUGUUGUUCUCUUCAAGUAAGAAUACUAAACCCUCUGUUAAAUAUCUCUCUGGACAAAAUUGCAUGCCUUCAUUGUCUCAGCUUGAUGUUCUAAUGCAUUGUGUCAGUUCUCUUGGCUUCA